AUGGUGUUGCAGGAUCUGUGGAUUUGGCAUGAUUUUUUUGGUUCUCCUGGUUCGAUUAACGACAUCAAUGUUCUUAAUCGUUCACCGAUAUUCAAUAACUUAUAUGACAUUUCGACACCUGAUUCUUUUUUUCAAGUGCAUGGAACGCCAUAUAAGUAUGGUUAUUAUCUUGUUGAUGUGGUCUAUCUUGAAUAUGUUGUUUUUGUUAAAUCAUUUACAUAUCCAAAUGAUUCUAGAAGGAAAAAAUUCAAGAGGGCUCAAGAGAGAGCUAGGAAGGAUGUUGAGAGAGCCUUUGGAGUGCUUAAGAAAUAUGAAGGAAGAGCAAUAUGUACGUAUGACACAUAUGAAACCAUCCCCGAGACACUACCAUUAGAGAUUGGUGGCGAUAAAUACAUGGAUAGGAAAGCAGAGAUACAUAACAAUGAAACAUUUCACAAUCUUCGCAUGAACUUGGUGGAACACCUUUAUGGGAUUCAAAACAUUGAUCUCAAUUUGGAUCCACCAAAAGACAAUGAAGACGAAUUCUGA